AUGUCCCAGAAAGAGCUCACAAAAGGCACAGCCAGCACCCGCAGCCCAUUCCCCUCUCUCUUUCAACCACCAUCUCAGUCCACCACUCCUCAUGGUUCUCAGCCAGGCCCCCCCUCAGGGGGAACAUCGGGAUUCACAUCAACCCUAAAUCCCCCGACUGCCUUUUCAGGAACCAACAAUUCGCUACGUCCUGGCACAUCAGGAACAGCCUCUACAACUCUCCAAAACCCAUUUACCGCAGGUCUCGGUACAGGCCCCUCUCUCACGGUUCCUCCAACUGGGAUAGCAGCAGGGCAACCUACGACUCACCCUCGCUCAAGUUCUAUUUCUCUCUCCAUACCCCGUCCACCAUCCCGCGACUCUCGUGCUUCGUCUUCACGCCGAGGCCCAGCUAGCGACCGGGUUGAUGCACUAUGGGCUGAGAUGCAAGCUACGCUGGAGGCAGUUGAGUUAUCAGCUGGGGCAGCAAUCGGAGGAUCUGACUCUCAAGGAGGUGCUACUGGAGGGGUACGCGGGCGUCGUAUCUUCAGCCCUGAGCACGAACGCAUGCUCGACGAGCUACGCAAGGCACAGAUCGCGCUUGCGCAAGCGUGGGCGAGGAGUGAAGCUGAUGAGGCGAUUGAGACUGGGAAUGCGGAAGGGGCUGGGGCUGGAGGUGAUGGGGGAGGGGCUACGUCAGAAGCGGCUGCUGCCGUCACUGCUACCGGUGCUGGGGCGAAAAGCGUUGAUGGUGCUGGUGACGGGACCAAGAGCACAGCGGGCACAAUGAGUGCAGCGGCAGCAAGGCCGGGGAGUAGUGGGUUUGUUGCUGGGGCUGAGCAACAGGGCAAGGAGGAGGAGGUAGAGACGGAGGUGGAUAUCUUGCUGGCCAGGAAGCGCAGAGAGGCGAAUGAUCGGUACUUCCAGAGGGUCAAUCAAGGUGUGUUGGAUGUGGUUGCCAAGCUGGACCAGGUGGCCAUUUCCAUGAGAGCUGUCGAGCAGGAGAGCAAGCAGCUUUGGGGAGAUGAACAACAAGAACAAGAUCAGGAGAGUGUCCCUGACAGCUCGAAGAGCUAA